UUCAAUGAAUACGUGAAUCGUAAUCGUGGGUUAGGAAUGUUUUCUUUCCUUAGUGUGAGAGUGACAAAGCCCGUUUAUUUGCAUUGAUGAAUUAUUUUCUUGAAAUGUUAAGGAAAAGUAAAUAAUUUAAAAUGUCAUUAGUUUACCAUAUUUAAUUCACAAUUCCUUGCAUUUCUAUUUAAUCUGUAAAUAAUUAGUAAACAAACAUUCCACCCACAUAUCUUAGCUCUUUAUUGUUCUAAAUCAGAGUUAAUUGGUUGAUGAGUGAAUUCAAGACUUUAAAUUGAGUAAAUUAGUGUCUGAAAUUUUAUUUCUAUAGUUUUACUUUCCAGGGUUUAUAAAUCACUUCGUUUGCUGUAAACAAUAUGGGAGCCAGGUGUGAUGACUGUCUCACACGAAUCCCCUAUCGCUACUCUCAUCGCCACCAUCAUGUGUGUGUCUGGGGUCGGCAUAUUCUGCGGGACCAUGCAUAGAGGAGUCACACUCACUACACUUAUGCUGGAUGAAGUUUUCCAUAUGAGACUUGGAUGGCUGGAACCAGUUGAGAUGCUGUUUGUGAUCCUGGGUGGUUGUAUGGCAGCACUGGGUCUCAUGAUACUGUUUGUGGGGUUCCUGGCUACUGGUGCCACUCGUCACAAAGUGUACAGGGCUUGGACUGCUCGAGUCAGUGGCAGGAUCUCCUGUGCUGUGGCAGAAUUGGGAAUGCAAGAAUCCACUAAUGGAACUAGCAAAGAGGAACAAAUUCUCCUAGGCUGGGUGCCGGGACAUAAAAGUGUUCCUGGAAAUGAAGUGGCUGUCGCUCUUGCCAAGAUUGCUUCUGACAGCCUUUGGGUAGGACCAGAUCCGGGCUGUGAACCAGUACCCUUCUCCUAG